GCGCCGCCGCACAUGCUCCCGGGAUCGAUCGGUCGAUCGGAUCGCUCGCUUCCUUCCCCACCGCCUGCCACUGCCACCCCGCCGCUGCCUACUCGCUGCCCUUGUUUGUUCCCCUCCCCGCCCGGUAAAACGCACCCGCUGCUCCUCCGACCGGCGUCGCGCGCCGCUCGUUUUCACCGCGCCGCUCUCCUUUUAACCCGGCACCGGCUGACGCCCGCCUCGGUCACCCGCUGUUAAGUGCCCGCCUGCGCCCCGCUCGACAGCGCCCACAGGCGCAUUCAACUCGCCUGGGCCACCACCACCACCACCGCGCCCUCCUCCAUAUCAUCCCGCCCGGCCGCCCUCCACCUCGCGCCGACAGACGUAACAACCCACCCCGCACAGCUCUGCGCGUGUCCGCCCCGCCUCCACUGCUGGCAUUUACGUGGCGCUGCUGCUGCUGCCGCUGCCGCUGCGCUUGCGCGCGCGCGGAGCGGGAACAGGAGGACAUGAGCCGCGGCGCGCACCGGGAGAUGCCGGCCGGGGGCGGCGGCGCGGGGGCGAAGAUCAAGGCGACGCCCCGGGCGCUCUUCUCCUGUGGCAUCUUCAGCACCUGCACGCACCCGGCGCUCAGCCCCACGGCCACGCCCAACAACAAUGCCGCGGCGGGGAGCAGUGGGGUGAAGGGUGGUGGUGCUGGUGGGUCGGCCACGCCCGGCGGCGACGCGUCACCGGCGCUGGUGGAGGCGGCUGCGGCUUCGGCGGUGCCGUCGCCGGUGCAGUGGCAUCGUCAGAAGCAGGUGGUCCACGGGGGUAAUGCUAAUGGCAGCAACGGCGCCGGGCCGUCGUCGUCUUCCUCGUCCUCCUCGAGCUCCGCGUCGCAGAGCUUCACGCAGUGGCGGCUGCCGGUGCACCACCCGCCGCACGCGGCCUCGUCGGCGUCCGCGGCAGGGGCAGGAGCGGCCAGCCACGCGGUGGCGGGCAGCACAGAGGAGAAGUUCGCUGCGGGGGAUGUGGUGGCCGCGCUGCGUGCGGUGGAGCGGGAGAUGGAGGCCACAGAAACUUCAAAGACGGUGCCGCCUGGCGUUGUUGCCAGUGUGGUGGCCGCGGUGCGGGAGCCCGCGACGGCGAGGCUGGCGGCGAAGGUGCUGCUGGUGAUGCUCCUGGAGGAGGGGAACCGUGAGGCGGCGGUGGAGGCCGGCGCGGCGUCGGCAGCGGUGGAGGCGGUGGCAGCGUCGGGGCCCGCGGGUGCCACGGCGGAGCGCGCGCUGGCGGCGCUGGAGCUGCUCUGCACGGCGGCCGGGGGCACCGCAGCCGUGCGCAGGGAGGCCCUGGCGGCGCCGGUCCUUGCGCGCGCCGUGGAGGGCAUGUCCGGGCGCGGGCGCGAGUGCGCCAUCGGCGUGCUGGCGGCCAUCUACGGCGGCGAGGAGGCGGCCGGCGCGUCCCCUCCGCCCCCAGAGGUGGUGAAGGCGGUGGUGGGGGCGAUGCAGGGCGAGUGCAGCGCGCGCGGGCGGCGCAAGGGCGCGCAGCUCCUCCGCGCGCUCCAGGAGGGCGGCCGCCUCGGGCUCGCCUGGGACGGCGUCGGCGGCUCCUGAUGAAGCGACUCGCAACCCGCCACGCCGGCCGGCCGGCCGCCUCGGCGUCGGCCUCACUCCACUCCACUCCGCUCCACUAUACCGAAGCUCGAGUAGAAUCGUACGUACCCCACGCGCAGUGACGGCCUGACGGGACGGCGGAUGAUCAGCGGACUGGAUCUGAUUAGGUGGCGCGAUGGAUGGGGCCGGCGGCCGCUCCCCUGUGGCAACAGCCUUGGGAGGUUGAUUACAUCACAUUACAUUAGAGAUAAUGGAGGUCAGGAAUGGCCCCGGGCAAACAUUGCAAGGUUGUCCGUCCGUCAGUCACCUCUGUACUAGUACCAGUGUAGGGUCCGACGAUCUUGAUUAGCAGUGGUGGUGCCGACUAUAUGCAUCCAUCAGUGAGAUGAGAUCUGCCUGUCCCACGAAUGAAUUCCCUCCUUAUCUCCUCGUUCGGCCGUUGCGCCCAGCAUCGGAAUCCAUCUGCCCGGUGAGAAAUUAUCCACGUUCCAGUUAAUAGACAAACACCGUCUAUGUAA